AUGGUCUUGGACAUGGGACUGCGCCAGCCUAGCCCAGGCCAUCACAACGCAUUCUUUUACCCAUCGAAGCAGAGUUCGGGCCAGAACGACGUGAAGAGGAACUUGCCCAAUCAGCGAUUCCUACGCCACAGCAAGUGGUUCGAUUCGGAGUCUUCCCACGGAAAUGACGUUCCUCGCAGUGAGGUGAUACCAGUGGAGAUGUUAAAGGCACAGGAUGAUCUGACUUCAGAGCUAGACGGCUAUUCUACUGCGGCCUUUACCAGAGGGCCUAGUUAUUCAUCAUACAGCCCAGAGCUAUGUGGCAAAUCUGGCAGCGCAGACUGUCCCUCCACCAACAAUGAGAGCGUGAAUGAAUCGUUGACUGGACUUUGCACAUUUGGCUGGACUUUGCGCCCCCAACAUACACCACCAAUUGAAGCUUUGACGAGAGGCCGAGAACAGAAGGGCAAGAACACUGUAUCCAUAGGAACAACAACAAACAAGAGGGGAAGGGCGAUUCAUGAUGUCGAUGGACCUCGUACUAGUCACCUCUCGAGCAAGAAGCGCCGGCUUCGGCUCCAACUCAUCACAUCAAGGCUCUCGCAGCCAUUCUCACUGCCGGCCACCCACAUACUCAAUCGUGACACGGACGAGGACACUCCAGUCAUAUCCAGAUUUGUGAAACUGGCAGCUCUCGGUGCCAAAAAGGCUGGACACCAGACAACACUCGUCCGCAAGGCAGCAAUACUGAAUCGUGUUAGACUAAAUGUCAGACAGACUGCCGUCACUCGAGGUCACGAUCGGAUCUGGAGAAUGACUCGCUUGGCAGCCAUGAGCCACGGACUGCAGCUCGUCACGGACAGCACGGGCGCCAUGUUCCCGGGUCGGUCCGGAGAACAGGUCCCCGGACCAAUCGUUCCCCGUGCGUGGCGCCCGCACACCACUGCCUCCCACCCGACCAUGCCGUCAAUGCCCAUGUCAGAUAAGCAGCCCAAGGAGGCAGGGGACUUCGAGCAACUCCAGUCUGAACCAUUAUCAUCAUCAUCAUCAUCAUCACACCCCAGAACAACACCGCCACCCACGUCCAUAAUGACACCACUAGCGGGAGCAGAUGAAGACGAAGCCUCGUUUCCAGAUGCGGACCUUGACUCGAGGUAUGCCGACACCAGCGACGAUGAAGUGGACGGUGUAUAUGCAGAUUUUGGCGUCUUAUUUGGCGGCAGGGCCGAUUCGCCCGAUGGUGCAGAAGAAGACGAGCACUAUUACGAAGAGUAUCUUGAUGAAGUCGAUGGUAUCAUAUGGUCAUCCUAG